AUGGUGCCCCCGCAACGGCCUGGCAAGACAGCUCCUCGUCUUGCCGAGGACAUCAAGCUCUAUGAUCCUGCCCAUCUGCCAGGCACAGGACUCAACCUGCUAUCACAGGUGCCGCCGGUGCACCCGAAGAAAGGUGACAAAUCGACCAGCUCCAUAUCGCCGGAUGCCUGCCGACACGAAUACGUGACGAAAGAUAAUCAGACAUCGCUGCUGAGCACGGAAGAGAGGCGGAGACCCGGAGCUUCUUGCAAAGUAGCAGCCAUUUGUUCGAAAUGUCGGUGUCACUUGCAGGUGGUCGUCAACUACACCUCUGGUGGUAGCGGAUUCGCCGUCCCGAUGCCGGGGGAGCAUCUCCAUCAUUUCGUCUAUCAAUCAGGUAGACAGUCGGGACAUGAAGUGUUCAUUGAGGGGUUGGAGAGUGGGCAAGUCGAAGAGACCUAUCACUAUCAGUGCUCUCGGUUUUCUUGCGCAACAGUAGUCUCCAUUCGCAUUCUUUCUCCGCUACUCACGAAGCCGCUCGUGAGACUUUUGUGUGAUUCAUCAGUGAUUCAUGCGCGUGCAUCGGAGGCCAUUGCGGCGCAACCAGAACGACUCGAGGGAAUGGCAAUUCCAGAGCCGAUCACAGUACUGGAUAAUUUGCGCCUUUACCUGCAUAACGCGCUGCAUGUCCAAGAGCGUAGCAAGGCUAUUUCAUCAUCAAACAAACGAUUCAUGCUCUCCUUUGGAUUAGAAGGUGCCGGCUGUCGAGACGUGCUGGAGUACCUUGGAUUUGCAUAUGACGCUGAUGCUGGUAGCUGGCAGCCACCCAGCCCGAAAGUAGACAUCACACGUCCAUAUUACGACGCCGGCCGAGUCUUCAUUGAUGACAUAUUGAUUGAACUGCUCUGUUUGCUCCAUCAGCGACCAGCCGCCGAGAAGAAGGGUGUCAACAUCCCUGCCCUACCCGCCGCGGCAUAUCAAUAUCUGGCCUCUUCUCUCGAAGCUUUGACUUAUUCACGGUCACCUAGAGCCCACGAGUUCGGGAUGGCAUCCGAUUCAUUUUACGAGGAUCUUGGCGUUGUUGAGGACAUGGAUGCCCGCAGCAUUGUCAACGCUUACCAGUCUCAGGUCGCUCUUGAUCCACGAAAUGCCCCAUUGUACUUGCAGAGUCUCAAAGGAAUUGCUCUGGUUCGUCGAGGUGAAGAUUUUGAAAUUCUCAACCAGGCGAUUGAACAUGCCUAUGCCGAGGGAAAGUUUACAGACGAUGAUCUCCUUGAAGCAUGGCAUUAUUUUGGCUACCAGCCACUUCAGCAAGUACCCAAAGUUGACGACGAUGCUCUUGUUGGCAAAUUCUACGCUUAUCUGAGUUCUCUGCCGAUAGAGAAGCAGGAUUUACCACGACUGCAUUUGUGGCGGAUCGGGUUCGACCUCGGCAGUGAACGCCUCAUGGCUGUGUCUCAAGGUCAGAUCACCACGGUUGAACAAGCCUAUGAUUAUCUGGGAGCUCCGCGUGGUACACCGGAUGACUUCAUACUCACCAUGUACACUGCAAAACUCAACGAUGACCCAGCGUGCGUCGACCUCGCGAAUCGUGCCGUCCAAAUCAUCGCCUCUGCUCGAAAUUCGACCCUGCUGAAACAUUUCCUUGACACUGGCGAAGCCCUAGCCGGGGAUAUGGACAUCGGUGAAGCGUACCGACGGCUUCAAAUUCCUGACCGGACUGUUGACGAUGGUGCCAUCAUGGCGGCUUACACUAUUUGUGUCGAUGAGAACCCAGGCCAGGUCGAUACCUACAAUCGCGCUUUGACAGUCAUUGCCAAGGCUAUGGACAGUGCGGUAUUGCGCCAGAUGGCUGGCAUCUCCAACGAGCCCGAUCGUAAAUUGUCCGAUUGGCCGGUUGGGUUGCAAAAUAUCGGCAACACCUGCUACCUGAACAGUCUGCUCCAGUUCUACUUUUCCGUCCGCCCUUUCCGCGACAUGGUUUUGCACUAUGAAAACCAUCAGAUGGAUGUCAAUGAUGACGAAGGUAUCUCAAAAAAACAAGUCGGUUCUCGCAAGGUUGCAAAGAAGGAGGUAGAACGGUCUCUUAAAUUCAUGAGUGAGCUUCGUGGACUGUUCAACAGCAUGAUCACCUCCAGAACUUCAUCUGUGGCGCCGGGCCAAGAAUUAGCCCGUUUAACUCUUAUCAGCCCUGGAGGUGAAGCCGCUAUUCGUCGGCGGUCCACGAUUUCCAGAUCGCAUACCCUUGGUGAGGUUGAUGGCCGUCCAGUUCUCGGUCCUCUUGGACCUCCUCAGCCGAUCCUUGAAGAAGGGAGUGAUGCACAAAUCACCUCGGACUCAAUAACCCCAGCUCCGACCAGCUCCAACGUCAGUGAAGUUGGCAGUGAUGCAACAUUGGUCUCCGAGCCGACUGGUAGUGCAGAUGAUACGGAGAUGAAAGAUGCCAAUGUUGAGGAUGCUGUGCUCUUGCCUGCUGAGUCAGAUCAAAAGCAGAGGACAGGCGACCCAACUGAUGCUGGGGCCAAUCUGGCUGAGAUUCCAGCGCGUCCACCCCCUGUCCCCCCACGCCCUAGCCUGACUUCCGAAGAUGAUCGCCGGAAGCAAUUGAUUGAAGAGGUUGAAAUUGGUGCCCAGCAAGACGUCACGGAAGUGAUCAACAACGUUCUCUUCCAGAGCCAGUGUGCGAUCAGGCCACUGAGGAUUGAACCUGACGGUGAGCAGGGUGAUCAAAUCAAAGAUCUAUUCUAUGGCUGUACGCGAUCAUACAUUUCGACUGCUGGGGGCACUCGGUCCAAGGAAGAACGGUGGUGCGAUAUCAAGGUGGAUGUGGCUGGUGGACCGCGUGAUAUCUACGCAGCCAUUGACGGAGCCUUUGACGCCCAGAAGAUCAGUGUUGAAAAUGGCGAAGCUGAGCAAUACGGAUCAAUCACACGGAUUCCCCCGAUUCUUCAGAUCCAGGUGCAGCGCGUGCAGUUUGAUCCGGUGCAGAAACGGUCCUUCAAGUCCACAAAUCACUUGGGUCUAUAUCAGACCAUCUAUCUGGACCGUUACAUGGAUACAACGAGACAUGACAUCAUGAGUCGUCGCCGGCAGUGCUGGGCAUGGAAGAGCAAGCUCCGAGAUCUUGAGAGCCGUCGCGCGGUACUCUUGCGCAAGCAGGAAAAUGAGCCAGUCGCGAUGACAGAUCUCUUCCGUGCUACUAGGGAUGCGCUUGAAGGGAUUUCGAAAAUUCAGAGCCCCGACAAAGUGGAGAUCGAUGCUACGCUUCUUGGUGAUCUUGAUCAGAUCUGCGAGACAGUACAGAAGGAGUUGCAGACUAUCGAUCAAGAGGUCUCGCGCAUCCAGGAGCUUAUCAAGAAUCAGUUCUCUGAUCUGACUAAGCUCCCUUACCAACUUUAUGCGGUGUUUGUACACCAUGGCUCGGUCUCUUUCGGACAUUACUGGAUUUACAUUCGUGAUUUCCAGAGAAAUAUCUGGCGCAAAUACAACGACGAAUACGUGACCGAGGUCCAGAAUGAGGACGAAAUCUUUGGGAACACCGAUACUGACAAUCCGCCCACGCCCUACUUCCUCGUCUACAUCAGGGAUUCCAUGGAGAAUCGCCUCGUGGACCCAGUUUGGCGGGACAUUGACGAGCAAGAGCCAUUUCAAAGUGAGGUGUUUUUUGACGGGGUCAUGCCCAUGGAAGAUGUGCAAUCUCCAGGGCACAACAUUGACCACACCCUUUCGGACCCCCCAAGCUACGAAGGGGAGCCCAUGCAAGAGACGAUCGCCGAGGUUGACGGAGACAGCAAGUGA